AUGAUAGGAAAACCAGAGGACAAGAUUCUAUUCCAACAUUUUAGUCAUGGACAUCGAUUGGUGUACAGCAAUAAGUUUCCUUCCAAAGGAAAUACAAUUUGUUCUGGCUGUAAACUCACUAUAUUGCCUGGUAAAUUCUACUACCAAUGUGAAACCUGCUCAUUUUUCCUUCAUAAUGUAUGCUUCAACAUGCCCAAGAAUUUGCAGCAUCUAGUGGAUCCAAUCCAUCAUCUCACUCUACUAGCCACACCUUCUUCUUCUUCGAUUCAUUACUCCACCAAAUGUAAGGGGUGUGGAAAAGGAAUCGCCGGCUUUUCUUACGCUUGUACAAAAUGUUCUAGUUAUUUUCACACACUAUGCUUAGCGUUACCUCUUUCAAUGGAACUGACAUCCCACUGCCAUAAACUGGACUUAGAAGUCUGUCCUCCCUAUGAUUUCGAAUGUGACUUAUGCAAAAAGCCUAGCUAUAAAGGGUGGCUUUACCAUUGCAGCUCUUGCGAAUUUGAUGCUCACAUUUCCUGUGCUAUUAAACAUAAAGGAGCAGAUAUUGAAAAUCACUGUGAGUCAGUUUUUCAGAGCAAAUCAUCUGAUCAGCUCCAAAGCAAAACAGGAACUGGUAAUAAAUGCCACGAGUUGAUGGAAUUACUAACAAUAUACAUGAAGGGAACAGAGGCAAGUGUUAGUGAAGAAAGUUUCCAAGAUCAACUUGAGCAUCCAGCCCAACAAACCCCGAGUUACCAAUUCAGUGAUGGUUGCUUUUCCAUUGAUCUUGCAAAGUCACAGCUGAUAAACGAAGAACAGACUGGAUCACAGAUGAGAAAAGAAACAGUGGAAAUUCCACGAAAUAAAGAGAAACAGAAUGUUGCCUACAUUACUCUGCCAAAAGGGGUUAAUUUACCUUCCUCAAAUGGGAUUGGAACGUUUGAGGAGUUCAUGUUGUCCGGACAUCCUUCAAAGUUUGUUUUGUCUGAAGAAGUGAAAAGGCUAAACUUGAAGCUACAAGGACACAAAGUACAGAUUUGA